CCAGUCUGUUUUGUCUCCCAAGACUGCCAUCGCUGCGCCGACACUCGUGUGCUUUCAGCGACUGCCAUCGCUGCGCCGACACUCGUGUGCUUUCAGCGAUCACAUUUCGUAAAGAAGGCUAGUUGUUAGGUACAACGAGCACGCACGACCACUCCAACUUCGGGUAGUCAACCCGGACCUCAACACUGUCCACUUCCAUGAAAGACAUAUUGACUGCACUGGCGUUCUCGUACGGUCGACAUCGCCAUCAACGUCUUCUCCGUGCAUUCGCCAUGGUGUUUGCAAUCCUCGCCACGCGGCAGAGUGACUGCGACUAGCGCGACCUGGAAAUUUGUGCUGGCGAGGUCGACGCGCCAAGAAUAGCCACGUCGACAAAGCCUCUGCGAAACUGCUCGUGUCGGUCGACCGUCGCGCUCCUAUAAAUACCCUUUUUUGCCUGGCUUCUCCAUGACGUCCGAGGCGGCGUACGCCCAGGAAAGCCCGUGCAGCCAUGCGAGUGUGGUGGAGCCGAGCACUACGACAGACACGGCGCAAUUGAGUCCGUCAAAGAAGAAGAAGAAAAAGCGAGGAAAACUCCGUCCGCAGACCGUCGAGGAGGUCUUUUCAACGCUGUCGACACUAAAAGCCAACGGAAUCAACCCACCGCCGGAGAAAAUUGUCCUCACGCCGCGGUCGGCAGAGGCAUGUCUCCGCACGGGCGUGAACCCUGAGACGCUCAAGAUCCGCGAUUUGGACUCGUUUGGGGACAACGGGGUGUCGCCAGCGGUGCAGAAGAUGCGUCAUGAGGCAUAUAGCAUGCGGCGCCACGACCAAAUGAAGCUCGUCCGGGCCGAAAAGAAGAAGAUUCUGGCGGACGAAGACGCAGCCGAGACGGGCAAUUCGUUCCGCCCGCCGCAUCGGUCGCCGUCGAAUUCGCCCAAGAAAGCCGACAGCCCCGACAAAGACAAGGCGUCGAGUAUGAUUGAGGUCGAGCAACGUCGAUUGGAGAAGGUGCAAUUUCGCCAGCAACGUGAGAUCGAGCAAAUGCUCGAGUUUGAAAUGAAAAUGAACCGACUCGCCGAGGAAGCAGCCGACAAACAAAUCCGGGACAAGGCCAUGCACGACGCGAUGGAAGCAGAAAAACAGCAGCGCAUGAAAGAGCUUGCCGAGCUCAAGCGUAUCAAAGAGAUCCAGAAGAAAGCGCAGGAGGACGCCGCCGAGGAGCGGAGGCGGCAACUCGCGGCUCAGAUGUUUCAGCGGGACAAAGAGUUGGCCGACCAAAAAGCUCGCCAGGAACGGCUCCGAAAAAUUGAAAUGAAGAUGCGCGAGGAAGAGCGCAAAAAGAAGGCCGAGGAGCACCGCCUAAAGACCGAGGCGAUCGUGGCCAAGCAGCAGGCUGAAAUCCAAGCACGCCUGGACGAACUCACGUUGGCCGAAGAGACGCGCAAUCGCAUGAUGGAGGAGCAGCGAGAACAACGGACGCUCGAAAUGGAAGAGAGGCGGGAGAUGGUGAGCAAGCGCAUCAGUAAGAACCUCAAGCAAGCCCGGCGUGUCGAGCUCGAACGGAAGCGCGAAAUUCGACAAAAGCAGCGCCAGUCUGAGCUGUUGCGCGCUCAAAUGAAGGAGGAGCAGGACCGGCAGCGUGAACUGGCACAUCAAGAAAUGGAAUUGAUGGAGCGGAAGCGACAGAUGGUGUUGGAGGAAGCACGACGCGAGGAAGAGCGAAAAAAGCUCAUGCUGCUGGAAAAACAGCGAGAAGUCGAAGAGAACGUGCAGAGCGUCCAGGAGGCACACAAUCGAGAGCUCCAGCUACGCCGGGAACAACGGCUCAUUCACAAACAGCUCAAGUUGAGCAACGUCGAUCGCAUGAAGCGGAUUCAAGAGUACAAGCGGCUCGAGACCCUGCGCAAGAUCCGCGAGGCGGAAGAGCGCACCGAGUCGCUGCUCCAACAAAAAGUCGACUUGGUGCGACAGCGCAAAGAAGCUAGCGUGCGGUCCAAGAUCCAACGAGACGCGAUUGUCGAAACGAUGGAAACGGUCAAGAUCACCAAGAAGUGGAAGAAAGCAAGCAAGAAAAUCGACCAGGUGCUCGGUGCCAAGCCGAAGAAGUCCAAGCGCCCUGUCAGCAGCGACGGUGGCAGCUCGUUGUCGAGGGAAAGUGGCCACAGCGACCCGUUACCGACCCUCCAGCACCGCGCGAAAACCCCCCAGGAGAAGUCAUCGUUUCGACCAGCCAGUCCGCCACCAGCAAAGACUGCAUUCAAGCACAUUAAGGACGAGGUCAAGGUUGCCGUCGAGCCGUCUCCGUUCAGGUCGCCCUACGACGAAGUGCCGACGCUGAUUCAGAAAAAGGCGACCCUCAAGCACUCCAAACACACGACAUCCUCGGUGUUCUAAUUUAACCAUCUUACAUUCCCCA